AUGGUAACACCUAUCAUAGCCCCCUCAAUUCUUGCCUCGGACUUCGCCAACCUCGGCUGCGACUGCCACCGGGUGAUCAAUGCCGGUGCAGACUGGCUGCACAUCGACGUGAUGGACGGCCACUUCGUUCCCAACAUCACUCUGGGCCAGCCGAUCGUCGCGUCGUUGCGGAAGUCUGUCCCCAGAGCAGAUGCGGCCACCGAGAAGAACCCUUCUGCGUUCUUCGACUGCCAUAUGAUGGUGGAGAACCCAGAGACGUGGGUGCCCGACUUCGUGAAGGCCGGUGCUGACCAGUUCACUUUCCACUACGAGUCCACAAAGGACCCGUUGGAGCUUGUGAAGUUGAUCAAGUCGUAUGGGAUCCGUGCUGCAUGUGCUGUCAAGCCGGGGACCCCAGUGGACGUUCUGUUCGAGUUGGCACCACACUUGGACAUGGCUCUUGUGAUGACCGUGGAACCAGGGCUUGGUGGACAGAAGUUCAUGCCUGAGAUGAUGGAGAAAGUCGCUGCCCUGAGGGAAAGAUUCCCACAGUUGGAUAUUCAGGUGGACGGCGGGUUGGGGAAGGCCACUGUCCCACAGGCCGCUGCGGCGGGGGCCAAUGUGAUCGUUGCCGGGACCAGCGUGUUCACCGCGACGGACCCAGCAGACGUGAUUGGGUUCAUGAGGGAGGAGGUGCGGAAGGGGUUGAAAGACAGAGACGUGUUAUCCUAG